UGAGGUUUGGUUGUUACACCAAAAAAACCGUUCACAAGUAGGAAAAGUUGUCCACCAACGGCAACGCUGGCAUUGGGUUUGUCUGUUCUUCAUGAUUAUCCCUAUAUAAACCAUAACUCCUCUCUUCUUCUGCAACCCAGAUCCGAUCAAAUUCUCUGGCCUCCCAUCUCCUCAGUUCAAACAUAUCCAGUGCUUUCAAAUGGCACCCAGAGGGACGGAGUUGGCUCUUGUGGCUAUCCUCGUUACAAUGCUCUGGGCAAGAGCUGCGGCGCAAUCCUCAAGUUGCACAAAUGUGAUAAUCAGCAUGUCAUCUUGCUUGAAUUACAUUACAGGGAACUCUUCAACCCCAUCUUCCUCUUGCUGCUCAGAGCUUGCCAGUGUUGUCAAAUCACAGCCACAGUGCCUAUGCCAGGUUCUUAACGGAGGUGCAUCUUCACUGGGUAUCGAAAUUAACCAAACUCGGUCUUUGGCUAUGCCAAAAGCUUGCAAUGUCCAAACUCCGCCAGCCAGCCUGUGUAAUGCUAUUUCGCCAGCAGGAACACUGCCAGCAAACAAGACCACACCAUCAACACCAAGCACUCCUUCAGGAGGAGGAUCUAAGACUACAUCAACAGGUAGCAACACAUCAGAUGGAAGUUCUAACAAAAUGACCUUUUCUCUCCUCCUCUUCCUUCUGUUCGUUGCGUCAUAUGCUUCAAACUUCACCGGCUUAUGAGUUAUCUUCAUCUGUGAAUUCUUCUGAUCAAUCAUCAUGUACUUGCAUGUGUUCUUCGGGUGUGGAAGUAGUCUUCUGGUUGAAUGGUGGUGUAUUUAUCUAUUGUUUGGUUGUUUGGGAGACUACAUUUGGAUACGGGUUUCAUUACUUGUGUUAUAUAUUUGAUUCUUGUACUAUUUCCUUCGAAUAAGGAUGCUUCAUCCAUUAAUUCAUGGGGCCUAUGCAAAAAGAUUUGAGAUA